AGAAGUUGAUCAAGGUGGUGGAACCGUUAACGAAGACGGAAUUUCACUUUAUUCUUCACAAACAAGAGUAGAAUUAUCGAAUGAAGAUUUUAAUGAUCCAAAACGAGAAAUAAAAGAUGGAUUAAAAGAAGAGAAAAACAAAAAUGAAAUAUUGAACAAGCUCAAAACACUUGAAAGUAAUUUGUCAAAAGAGAAAGAAAUUAAGGAACAACUGAAACAAAAUCAUACAAAAGCAAAGCAAGAAUUCGACUUAAAAUUAAAAAGAUUAGAAAAUGAGGUUAAAAAAUAUAAACAACGUUAUGAAGGCAAAAACGAAAUAUGGAGCAAGAAUCCGUUAAAGAGAAAAAACAACUGGAACAAAAUUAUAUAA